GACAUGUGAGAAAAGGCCACAUAAAAGUCUGGCCAAAGAGCUGAUUCGUCGUAGCAUAAUCCGUAGUAAAAUAGACAUCUAUGUCGCACGUCCCGACCAUCAAAUAUGCGACAGCUACCCCGGAAGUUCCAGGGGGAUUAGCUUCGACUAGCCUUGGCGCGGGUUCAUCCCCCGAAAUAGACGCGAACGCUUCCCGACCCGGCACCUCUCUAGGAACGUCCGCGACACCUGGACCAAAGCCACGCAGUUGUGUCACAUGCCGCACACGAAAAGUGCGAUGUGACAAGACGUCACCAUGUUCAAAUUGCCGCCGCGCAAGAAUCCCCUGUGUUUUCCCUUCGUCAGACAAGCCCCCACGAUGGGCUCGUCGGCUGGAGCGCAUUGCGAACAAUGCUAAGGCUGAGCAAGAAGCCGGCUCGGGUGUUAGUCAAGUUAUGGAUAGGCUUCGAAAACUCGAAGGCCUUGUGAAAGAACUUAGUAGUCAGUUGGAGCAAGCACACGGUGCUACACAUACGAGUAGCCAUGGCUCACCUUCGGCAAACUCGCCGGGGAGCUCAAGCUAUGACCAUGAUGCGGAUCGCCAUACGGCAUCGCCACCUGUUACAAAUACUUCUAAUCUAUCAAAGCAGUUUGGUAGGCUUGUUCUCGGAGAUGCUGGCCAGAGUCACUACGUAAGCAACGGCUUUUGGUCGCGCGUUAAUGACGAGCUUGAUGGCCUCAAAAUGGAAACUGAGGGUCUGGCUAGUGGAUACUACGAUAGUUCCGAGGACGAGGACUCACUUAGCAAGACCCCGUCUACCCAGGAACUAGAUAGGACGCCCUCACAACGUCACGCGUUUCUGUUCGGCCACAACCUUAGUUCUCAUGGACCUGAUAUUCGCGAGUUUCACCCGCCGCUAUCCCAGAUCCCCUUCAUCGUGAAUGUCUUUUAUCAAAACGUCAAUCUUCUAACUCAGGUGGUUCAUAUGCCUACAUUCAAUAAGAUGGUGCAGAGUCUGCAAGACAGUGGCCCAUCGAUUCUCACACCGGCCAACGAGGCUCUAAUGUUUGCUAUAUAUUAUUCAGCCAUAACUUCAAUGGAGGAGGAGGAUGUAAGUUUAUCAUCAAAUUAUUUACUUAUAAUAAAUACUCAUGCAUCGUGUGUUCUACAGGUCGUAGCUAAUCUCGGUUCUUCUAAAUCCGAACUUAACCUAAAGUACCGUCUGGGCUUAGAGUACGCGCUUGCAAAAGCCGACUUUCUAAAUGUGCUCGACAUAGUUCUCAUACAGGCGUUUGCUAUAUUCUUGUGCUUAGCUCGCCGAUAUGAUAGCCCGAGGUUUGUGUACAUGAUGACAGGACUUGUCAUUAGGAUGGCUCUAGCUCUAGGGUUGCAUCGUGAUGGUAGUCAUUUCCCUCAUCUUACUCCCUUUGAAGCCGAAAUGCGACGAAGGCUGUGGUGGCACGUGUGUCUCCUUGAUGUAAGGGCCUCCGAGGACCAAGGCAUGGACCUCACCAUUACCCCCGGCAGUUUCGACACGCGACAGCCCCUGAAUAUUAACAAUGAUGAUAUCAACCCCGAAACAAAGGAAAUGCCUAAGGAGCGAGAGGGUAUAACCGAUAUGACCUUCUCUCUCAUGACUAGCUCUCAGUGCGAAGUAACGAGGGAGAUGAUGGCUGUAAGUCUUAAAGAUGGGGUACCGCAGAUAGAUGUCCAGGACCGCCUUUUGAACGAGUACUACGGGAGGCUAGAGAAGACAUACCUCCAAUACUCUAACGCAGAGGGAAACGUCACAUACUGGGUUGUUGUCGUUAUCGCACGGCUCGUAAUGGCCAAGAUGAGUCUAAUAGUCUACUUCCCGGUGCUUUUCUCGCCCCAAAGCGAGCGCGCUUCCGACGAGAUGCGCAACAGGCUGUUCAUAGCUGCGAUCGAAGUAGCCGAGUAUAACCACGCGCUCAACGUUGAACGGGCCUGUCGCCAAUGGCGCUGGAUUUACCAGACGUACACGCAUUGGUAUGCCGUCGUCUACCUCCUAAUCGAAGUGACACGGCACCCCUGGUCGCCUCUCGUCGAGCGCGCAUGGGUCGCGCUCCACAGCAACUGGCUUAUCCCCGCUCGCAGCAGUACGGAUAAGAGCCUGCGCUUCUGGGUCCCUCUCCGAAAACUUAUGGCUAAGGCUCACCGACACCGCGAAGCCGAGAUCGAGCGGCUUCGGUGUAACCCGCAGGAAGCGCAGAAGUUGGAGACAGAGGACCGGGGUGCUACGCAACCGAGUAGCUCGGGCCCGUCCCCGGGCCCCGACAGCGCCGAGACUUUCCGUGAGCGAUGGUGGCAGCUUGUAACCGUGCCACAGAGCCUGGGGGGUUAUGCACAGACAGUUGUUCAGCUUAGUAGAGGGGUUCUAGUGACACCUAGUGUUACUUAUUCUGCUGAAACUAACGAACCGGGCUUCAGCUCUGUUCCUUCAUAUGAUCCGAGCGCCUCGGUACCCCAACCCGAGUUCACUUAUCCUCAGUCUAGAUUACCGCAGGAAAGCGGAGUUUUUACGCCAGAUAUUUCCAAUAGGAGUUCCCCCGGGGCGAACUUUGGCUUCCAGCAGAAUCCUCAUAGCUCAGCUGCGCCGGGGACGCAGUCGGCCGGUCCAGCUUACGGAUCAUCUUCUUUGGCCUCUAUGGACUUAGGACCAGGCUUCGGAGCUUGGCUAUGGGCUGAUGCGGACCCGUCGGUUGACGUAUUUGCCGAUAUGGAUUUGGAGGCGGCGGAUCUGAACGUAGACUUGGACGGCGAGGUUGAUUGGAAUAAUUGGGUGGCGUCGGCGAAUGGGAUGAAUUGGCCGGAGGGUUGAGGGGAUGAGAAUCGGGGAUACCAAUCUUAAAUCAACAUUAUCAAUGAUGAGGAUAAUAAUGUGCAGCAAACAUGGAUAGAGGCUUCGGGUAACUCUAUUAAAGUUGCUUGCCUUGAUAGUUAAUGAGUAUAAUGCAUUGUACCUUCGGCUAACUCAAUGGUGGAUAUACUGUGAAAAAGAUAUUAACCACAGGAUAAUGGCUCGGGUGAGAGCUGCAAGCAGAAUAUAUUGAAAAUGGAUAGCAGUGAUAUCUAAUGCGUUGUGGUAUUAAAUAGGUAACAGGUAUACUAAGGGUCUUAGUCACGGGAAGAGCCCCUGAGUUUACGACUUACGACGUUUAUCCCGACUAGUAUGAUCCAGUUAUUAUAUACCCUUCCGAGAUUUGGGCGAUAGUUGUCUCCCCGUUAAUGGGAACAUGAUGUGCUAUCCCAAACCGCACGAUAUCUAGUUGCUGGUGUAGCUCAAGCGUGUCCUGUAAACGGCUUGGCGAGCAACUAUAAUGCCAGGCU